AUGGGCAGAGCGAGUUCCGUCGCUACGGCUCCGCCCAAGGUCGCGCCGCAAGCUGGUGUACUGGAAGGCAUGAAUCCAGUGCACUUUGAUGCUAAGAACCCCCUCGCCUUAUUCAUUAUACAGGCCGGCAUCAUAAUAAUCGUCUGCCACAUGAUAAACUACCCCCUCUCCAAAAUCCGCCAACCACGCGUCAUCUCCGAGAUCAUCGGCGGCAUCAUCCUAGGCCCCUCAGUCAUGGGCCGGAUCCCAGGUUUCAAAGACUCAAUCUUCCCCCAAGCAUCAAUGACCAAUCUGAACCUAGUCGCCAACCUAGGUCUGACUCUGUUUCUCUUCAUCAUCGGUUUGGAAGUCGAUUUGCGCUUCUUGCUGAGCAAUUGGAAGAUUGCGCUUAAUGUGGGUAUUGCGAGUAUGGCGGUGCCGUUUGGAUUGGGCGCUGCGAUUGCGGUCGGGUUAUACAACGAGUUUAAAGAUGAACCCGGGAUGGUGCAGAUUGACUUUUCGGUUUAUAUGCUGUUUAUUGGUGUGGCUAUGGCUAUUACGGCUUUUCCGGUGCUUUGCCGUAUCUUGACGGAAUUGAAGCUGCUUAUGACGCCGGUUGGUGUUAUUGUGCUAUCGGCCGGUGUUGGAAAUGAUGUUGUUGGCUGGAUUCUUCUCGCGCUUUGCGUUGCGCUCGUCAAUGCUGGAUCUGGACUAACGGCGCUGUGGGUUCUUCUCACAUGUGCAGGCUACAUGUUAUUUCUGGUCUAUGGCGUCCGUCCAGUGUUCGUCUACGUGCUACGCCGGUCACGUGCGCUUCAAGACGGUCCCAGUCAAGUCAUCAUCAGUCUUACCCUACUCAUCGCUUUGGGUUCGGCGUUCUUCACCGGUAUCAUCGGUGUUCACCCCAUUUUCGGAGCCUUCAUGGCUGGCCUGAUUUGCCCCCACGAAGGUGGUUUCGCUAUCAAGGUCGCUGAGAAGAUUGAGGAUUUGAUCGGUGCGCUCUUGCUACCGCUCUACUUUACCCUUUCUGGACUCAACACCAACAUUGGCCUUUUGGAUUCUGGUAUCGUCUGGGCCUAUGUCAUCGGCGUUGUUGUAGUGGCUUUCUUCUCCAAGUUCAUUAGUGCUGCUCUUGCGGCUCGUGGCAGUAAGAUGCUAUGGCGGGAGUGCUUCACUGUGGGCUCACUGAUGAGUUGCAAGGGUUUGGUAGAACUCAUUGUACUGAACAUUGGUCUAGAAGCCAGAAUCUUGAGUACGAGGACUUUCACCAUCUUCGUCGUCAUGGCCCUUGUCACCACCUUCGCCUCCUCACCGCUGACCAUGUUCUUCUACCCUGUCUGGUACCAGAAGAAGGUCGAAGCAUGGCGUCGUGGAGAAAUCGACUGGGACACCGGCAAGCCUCUCGACGGCGCUGAUGGCGCUGGCGACGUAAUCCAGUACGAAAAGAUGGCCGCCGAGAAGAUCCAACGCAUGACAGUGUACCUCCGUCUAGACAGCAUGCCCAACCUGCUAGCCUUCACUUCUCUCUUCAGCGGCACCCCAGACCUCCUCGCCGCAAAGCAACACCCCUCAAAAGCCAUCAGCGAAAGCAAGGAAACCGGGUCUACAGCCGUAGCCGAACAAACACCACCUCAACGCCCCGUAGAAGCCUAUGGCCUCCGUCUACUCAACCUCACCGACCGUGGCUCCUCCGUCAUGCAAGUAUCAGAGAUAGAAUCCUACACCGCCCACGACCCCGUCGUCAACACCUUCCGUACUUUCGGCCGUCUGCACAACCUCGCCGUCAGCGGCGAAGUCCUGGUCGUACCCGAAGCCUCCUUCGCCGAGACCCUGACGACACGGGCGUCUGACUCGAACCUCCUGGUCCUCCCCUGGAGCGAAACAGGCGGCAUGUCGGAACAAACCAUCAUCGAAGACUCCAACCACAAGGCCCGCAACAAACUCGAAGCCUCAACCUACACGUCCUUUGUCCAGCAAACCCUCGCCCAAGCCUCCACGCCCGUCGCCAUCCUCAUCAACAAGAACUUUGGCGGCAGCAGCGGUAGCAAGAAUAAAGACACCAGGCAACGGCUCAAACUCACCCGCACUUACAGCAACGUCAGUCUAUCAAGUACGCGCGACAAAGCCGUCACAGCACCCAUUGCAGACCCAAGCCACCACGUCUUCCUGCCCUACUUUGGCGGCAACGACGACUGGACUGCGUUGAGGCUGGUGUUGCAAUUAGCCCGCAACCCACACGUCACAGCGACGAUUGUGCAUUUCGACGUCCCCCGCAACGAAGGAUCCGUGGAUGAAAAAACUACAAUCACCACCACCGCGGUGGGGGAAAAAGGUCACGACAUCACUACUACAUCUACUUCCACAUCUUCCUCACGCGAACAAGACGCAGCCUUCUUCGCCUCCCUCCGCGCCUCUUUACCGAUUGACAUUGCACCCCGUGUUGUCUUCGAGACUGUGACGUCCACGUCGCCUGUCAAGGAUGUCAUCGCAAGGGCUAGUAUAGAAGUCGGUCAGGCGCCUAGGAACGCUGGUGAUCUUAUUGUGCUGGGCAGGAAUGUAGCGAGGAACGCGGUGCUCGAGAGGGAAGAGGUUGCCAAGGGGAACCAUGGCGGUAGCGGCGGUGGGGGUGCCGAUGAGAUACGGAAUAGUUCGAGUACCAGUGCGGCAGCUACGUUGGGUGUGCUUGCGGAGCGAGUGUGGGAGAGCAAGUUGGGGGCUAGUGUGUUGGUUGUUAAGGCGGGGUUGUGA